AUGGCGGUGCAUCCGUUCAUCCAUCCUGUCAAAGGCGUUGAAUGGCUUGAGAUCGAAGGUGAGAAUCACGUCGAUGAUGAGGUGUUCCAAUCAGCUGGCACAAUCGCCAUUGCCAAAGCACAAAGAUCAGCCCGCGGCACGUGCGGAAAAACAAUGCGCAGCAGGCGCACAGCGAUGGUGACAUCAUCUGGUCACGCAUUCGCUGACGCAGAAGUGUCCUAG